AUGGCGCCACGCCUCCUCAACACCAUCGAAGCCUCAAGCAGCACACCCGCAACGCAUGCCGUCCCCUUCACGACCUCCGCCGCAGGCGCCGCCGCCCUCUCGCCCUCUCCCUUUGCGGACGAGGAAAUCAUCUCGGGCCUCGCCUCCUCCUUGACCAGCGCCACCAAUCAGCCUUCAUUUGACCCGGCCACCUACCUCGCCGCAUACUCGCGCACUCUCGAGCACGGCAAGAUCGUGCUGCAGGCGCGCAAGCAGCCGCGUACUGGCCGCGCGCCGCUACCGCCGGUGUGGACCCCGCACCGCGAGUGGUUGGCGGAGGGACUGGAGUAUGUGAGUGCGGCGGUGGCGAGGAGGAAGAUACGGAUGGGGGACACAAUUAGUGAGAAUGGGUUGGUGGUCAGCUUGGUGCUGGAUCGGGAGAGUGGGGAGAGGGGGUAUCUUGAUGGAGAGGUGUUAGUGGCGGAAGUGGGGGAUUGGCAGGGCGCGGGAGCUGCUUGGGAGCGGACGCAGAUUAGGAACGGGAGCGUUGUUGUUGUAGUGGGGAGGGGCUGGGUCGGGGAUCGGGAUGGGUUGGGUGAGGAGCUGGUACCGUGGCCUGAUGGGGCUGGGGAGAAGGGGUUUGUGGUGUUGGAGAACUUCCGCGUGGUCGAGAUCUGGGAGGAGAGGAGGAAGGGGCGGGGUGAGAGUGUGGGGAUGGUGAAGCUGCAGAAGGCUGUGUUAGGAGAGGAGAGUUGGUGGAUGGUGGGUAGGGAAGGGGGCGAGAGAGUGAUGGACAUGAGUGAGAGGCGCUUCUGGGGAGAUGAGUGGGAUGUCGAAAAGAGACUGAAGUGCACGGCGUGCGGACUGGGGAUGCCGAGGAUGUAUAAGGAGUGUUGGAUCUGUGUCAAUAGUAGUUGCGGGAAAUUCUGGAGGGAGGGUAUCACGGAGGGGCGGGGUACCAAGGGCCUGACUGCAGCCGCCAUUCCGGACCGGUUGAGGUGGCACAACGAGUUCCUGAUGGCAAGAACCAUGUUCGAUCAGCACAUGAAGCCGAGUUGGGAGCUAAAGCCAGACAUCGUGCAAGCACUGUCGCCACCGUGGGAGCCGGUCGAGGACUACAAUGUUAGCGCGCUGGGAACGAUGAGGAUGCGGUCACUAUGGCGUGGAGGCGUAUGUCCUGGUUGCAACAACAUCGUGCCGACGAUUGAGUGGUGUGUGUGGAGAUGUCAGAACCAGCGUUGCAGCGAGCGGUGGCGUCUUCGUGUCGAUAUUGGCCCGAUGCCGUUGCAAGCUGCUGUCCCGAGGAUGUUCACGAGUUGGUUGGGACAUCCUAACCUGGAGCCGGAGUGGCCCGAAGAGUUAGGCUGCAGAGUGAGGCGAAUGUAUCACCCGACGUUCAUGGUAGAUGUGUGGGAGAUUGUCGACAACAUUCCUUGGCCAGCCUCCCUCAGGGUCAUUACGCCAACAGCACCUUUCAAUCAGAAGCCUGGUGGCGCAGAUGAGAUUUGGAAGGUUCUGCUGUCAGAUACACGGUCUGUCCACGAGUCAGGACGGAGCAGCCAUCAUGGGUCCCUCGCUCCAAAGCUGGUUCUCAAUCGCUCCAAUCAGUAUCCGAAGCUGGACGGUCAUUUCCAUUGCACAUUCGGAGCAGAGUAUGGUUUCGACAAUUCUGGCAGCAACAGCGACACUAAAGCAGUUCCCUUGGCCAGUGCAAGUACCUCUAUAUGGCAAGCAAAGAACGUCUUAGACCAUAUGUGUCAGGAAGUGAUGGAAGGAUAUGAUAUCGACCCCUCGAACUCAGUCCAAGUCCACGGCUACAUGGACGGCAUGAACCUUGGCUGGCACACGGAUGGCGAACAAGAUAUCGGCAACUCUGUCGCCACACUGAGUGUGGGAGGGGACGCCGAGCUGGUCGUCCGGACUAAAAGGGAUGACGAGGAUAUGGACUACAUUCUGGGACUCGCCGAUAAGGAAGCUCGUGCAAACGCGAGGGUCCGGAUUCCCUUGAUCCACGGCUCAAUUGUCGUCAUGUAUGGACCUUUCCAUCACCACUUCGAGCACAAAGUUGAAUGUAAAGGUCCUCUAAGGUUUGCCAUCACGACGCGUCAUAUCAAGCAACUCGAAAGAGCAGUCCUACUGGAAGAGAUGCCCCCUACCAAGCUCUCUAGGCGGUUCAAUGGCCAAUUGUUUGCAGAGAGCGACGAUGAAGAGCCACCGCAGCCAACUCGAAGCGCUCGACCUUCACGACCGAUCUGCAGACAGCCGACGCUCAAGCGUGCAAGAGUGAUGGGCCGCAGCCCUUCGCCGCCAGCACGGCGGCUGCGGCGUACGAGUCCAUCGCAAACGCAGGGCCCGGAGGAGUUCAAGUCUGCGGGCUGGACUCAGGCGCAGAAGGAUCAGAUCAUGCGCUGGCAUGACGGAGGCAUGCCCUAUAAACAGAUGGCAAAGGAAAUCGAGAGGCUUUGGGGUGAGGGCAAGGUCAAAGACUCACUGCUUCGCAUGGUUGUCCAUCGAGAGGUCAAGCGUCAGGAGUAUAAGCGGAGGGUAUUGGGUGGAGAUGAUAACGAGGACGAUAUUGACCGUGAAUCGUCUCUUGCUCCGUCGGAUUCAGCAUCGGCUGCUGCUGGUGCUCACGGUGACGCGUCAAAAUGGACGCAGGGCGAAAUUGAUUACUUGCUGGCACGCAGGCAUGAAGAUCCACCAAUGCCCUACAAGGAGAUCUCGGCCAAUAUGAAGAAGGAUAUUGGCAAGAUCCGAUCAGACAAGGCUUGUCGCGAGCAAAUGACGACGUUGAACCGCAAGAAGAAGGGAGUGGCCCGGAACCGAGCUAAAGGCCAGGAUCCUACGGCAGAAGUGGGCACGCCUGUUCACGGGCCGACUUCUCCGCUGGCUCAACAAAUGGCGACCGCCGAUAACGAUGAAGACGCUGAGAUGAGCGAAGUGGAAGAUGCGCCGGCGCCGUUGCUCGAGCAGGCGCAGCGCAGAGCCAGCCGAGCUGGUCGGGCCGUCGGCGGAGUGGGCACGCCGGUGGUGAGACCUGGUGGUGAAGCUCGUAUGAGUCGGAGUGGUCGUGGAAACCGUGCUGGUGCUGCAGGGAGACAAGGCAGCGGAGAGACGAUGGAGGGCAUCACAUUCGGUCCUAUAGCGGUGGAGUCGCCAUCAACGAGGAUGAGGACGAGGAGUAAAGGAUAG